AUAUAACUGGUUUGUCGAGCUCCGUUUCAUUCUGAGGCAGAUGUCUUCAAAGCUUCAAAACAUUAAUCCCAUCAAGAUACGGAUGGAAUCUUUAUGCAUGUUAUUGAUUUUCUUCUGAGGAAGUCAGCGAAACAGGCUUUACCCCCACCUCUCAGUGUACAACCAAAUUUUCCAGCCAAAGCUAUAGAAAUUUGAAUAGUUUGAAAUCUCCUUUGCAUGUCUAGAUUGUUUGAAGCCGCGCACAAACAAAGCUGCACCCUCCAAGUUCACAUACUUUGUGUGACACUGAAGUCAGCCUUCAAAAUAAACAUGUUAAUCUCUGACUUUGGAAACUAUGUCAGCGCUUCCUAACGCUUGAGUUGAUCUACCUUUGAGAUAUUUUCUCUGAAUUCAGAUCUUUUCUUACGUCACACCAAAGCAGGUGCCUGGGGAGGGAGGGGCAUGAUGACAGAUGCUUGGGUCGCCCCCGGAGAGUUCCAGAAACACUUUAGUGUGACGUUUGUCCAGUACGCAUGAGGCGAUUCCUCACAAAAUGCUUUUGUGCUCAUUGAUUUAUUCUUCCUAAUCUGCUGGGAAAAGCCUGAACAAAAAGUUUUAACUGCCGCUGAACCUGAGGGUCCACCACAUCUCACAAGAUGGAUAAGUUUCGAAUGAUGUUCCAGUUCCUCCAGUCAAACCAGGAGUCCUUCAUGAACGGGAUCUGUGGAAUCAUGGCGCUAGCAAGCGCACAGAUGUACUCCUCCUUUGAGUUCAGCUGUCCCUGCAUGCCGGAGUACAACUACUCGUAUGGGAUUGGACUUCUGAUCAUCCCUCCCAUUUGGUUCUUCUUGGUGGGUUUCGUGUUGAACAAUAAUGUGUCGGUGCUGGCGGAGGAGUGGAAGAGGCCCACGGGGAGUCGGACGAAGGACCCGUCCGUCCUGCGCUACAUGCUGUGUUCUAUCACACAGAGAUCUCUGAUUGCUCCUGCGGUCUGGGUGUCCGUCACCCUGAUGGACGGGAAGAGCUUCCUCUGUGCCUUCAGCAUCAACCUGGACAUUGAAAAGUUUGGGAACGCCAGUCUGGUGAUAGGAAUGACAGAGACAGAGAAGCUGAAAUUCCUGGCCAGGAUUCCGUGUAAAGACCUGUUUCCGAACAAUGAAGUGAGAGUGGCAGCAACAAGAUACAUCAAGUGCAUUUCACAGGCCUGUGGAUGGAUGUUUCUGCUCAUGAUGACCUUCACCACUUUCCUGAUUCGCGCCAUCCGGCCGUGCUUCACCCAGGCUGCCUUCCUCAAAACCAAGUACUGGUCUCACUACAUUGACAUCGAGCGCAAGAUGUUCGAUGAGACCUGCAAGGAGCACGCCAAGAGCUUCGCCAAAGUCUGCAUCCACCAGUACUUUGAGAACAUCAGCGGGGAGAUGCAGACCUUCCACCACCACCACAGCAGGGACAACACCGACCCUGAAGAAGAAGAGAAGCAGAGAAGCGAUGAGGAGAAGCUGCUGGGAAUCAAGGCCCAGGAUGACAUGAACAAGGUCCUGUGGAACUGGCACACCUGCAAACCCGCUCUGGCCCUGAGAAAAGACCACUUAGACGCCGGGAGCAACGGCAAACUGAACGGGACAAUGAACGGAGCGGUGAAUGGGUUUGCAAAGGGACACACCCACGAUGGGGCAAAGAAAGAGUGGGCGGUGUAUUACAGUAAGGUCUAAAGAGUUCACAGGGAAAACCGCUGACUGGAAACUCAGCUUUCAGACAGUUACAACUGCCUUUUGGCAAUUAUUCUGUUUCAGAUUUAACUUUACCGCAGCCUCAGAAGUUAUAUGUAGCAAUGUGUAGUUUUUAUAAUUUAGAUUAUAUCUGAUUUCAAUGCACACUCAUGUUUAUGAAGAAAUAUUAAGUGUCAUAUUUGUGUGAAACAAAGACAGCAGAUGUUAGCUUUUUAUCACAUUAACCCUCAAAAUGUCAGUUCUUUUUGAAAAUGUUAGUCAUCUUACAAAGACUUUCAGUUUAUAAAAUGUGUAACAUAUCUACAAUGUGUUUCAAAUAUCUCUUAGUGUUUUAAAAUUGAGAUUUUUACAUUAAAAUGGCAUUUUUAGUGGUUCACAACAAGGGGAACUACAGAUCUCUUCAUCAAAACUCCAAUCAGGAUUGUUUCAUAUUCUUGUGUCCAAAGAAGUAUCGUGAAUGGGAGAAAACUCUUUGGAAGAAAAGAUGUCAAGAAAACCUGACUGCAGACUGUUGGUCCAUAAAACAUACAAAAGACAUAAAUACACUCAUUAGGAAAAAAAA